AUGCCAACACACAUCCCCAUCGACAGCUAUACCAAUGCUCCCUAUGAGGUUGUCCCCAAAGCAACCAUCCACCCCAGCGUCGAGCUGCACGACCAUGCACACGACACCACGCACUACCUCCUGCCAACCGUGUUCUCCGUCGAGAAGGGGACAGAAUUUGUCGUUCGCUAUCCUGGGCCUGGGGUGUUCUAUUUCACGGACGGUGAAAUGAAGUAUGAAGAUGUGCAAAAUCCGCGAUUUCACAAUACGGUCAAGGCCGGAUCUGUCCUUCAUGUCGAUGAAGGCUCAGUUCUCCGCUGGCACUGCAACACCGAUGCCGGUUGUAAAGGAUUUCUUGCGUUCUAUGUCCCUGUUUCGGUGAAAAGUACAGAGGAGUUUCUGGUGACUGAGUAA